AUGGUUCCAGUGCGGCCCCGCACGUCGAGGCAGAUCUUCGCCCAGCCAGUCGCAGUCGUCGCCGCCCUUUUCGCCAGCCUAUCGCUCCUGUCGCAUGCGACGGCGGCGUCGUCCGGCAAGAAAUGCGACAUCACUGUCGGAUCAUGGGUUCCUUCGUCGAAGUAUCCGCAGUAUCAGAACGACUGUCCGUACAUCACGGAUAACUUCAACUGCAUCAAGAACGGACGGCCGGAUGGCGACUUCCAGCACCUCAUCUGGAAACCCAACGGUUGUGAUCUGACCAUAUUCAAUCCCAAGUCGUUUGCGGCUCGGUUUGUGGGCCAAGCGGUUGCUAUAGCGGGUGACAGCACCGGACAGUACCUUUACCAAUCACUGCGAUGCCGCAUUAGCCAACACUACACUACAGAGGACUGGGAUCCGAAACUAGCUGGGUGGACGGGCCAGGGCUUUAAGGUGAAGCUGCUGGGCACACGAGUCAUUCUGGUGGACACUCCCUUCCUCAUGGAGGCAUGGCCGGAUGUGGAGGUGAGAAUUGCUGCUGUGGAGCAUGCAUGCCACAUGGCAUGUGGGCAUGCUCCGUUCCUCAUGGAGGCAUGGCCGGAUGUGGAGGGCGAAUCUAAAGCCUCGCACUUCUGGCACGUGCAGCUGGGCACCAUCAGCCUCAAGAUCCUCGAGAUGCUCCCCCCUUGUUUCCAGGCUUAA